CUGCUGUGCUGCACAGCCCUCUGCCCAGGCAGCCAUGCGGCCAGAUGCAGCGCUGCUCGCCUUCUGCUGCCUUGUCCUGAGCACCACCGGGGGCCCUUCCCAAGAUUUCUGUUCCCAGGUCCUUAACUCAGACGUGAAGCCAGGAUUUCCCGAAACAAUAAAGACCAAUGACCCAGGAGUCCUCAAAGCAGCCAGACACAGUGUUGAGAGGUUCAACAACUGCACAGAUGACAUCUUCUUGUUCAAGGAGUCCCACAUCAACAGAGCCCUGCUGCAGAUAGUGAAAGGCCUGAAGUACAUGCUCGAGGUGGAAAUUGGCCGAACAACCUGCAGGAAAACCAAGCACCCUAGUCUGGACAACUGUGACUUCCAAACCAACCACACCUUGAAGCGGACUCUGAGCUGCUACACGGAAGUCUGGGUCAUCCCCUGGCUCCAGAGGUUCGAGGUGCCUGUCCUCCGCUGUCACUGAGGCCGCCUCUCCUGCAAGAUGAUGGCUGCGAUAUCUCGCCAUCACAAGCAAGCAGAUGGAAGUGCCAAUGGGCCACUACGGUUGCUGAGACGGGAGGGUGACAGCUGCCCCACCGCUAGAUUAAAUACAUUGCACCUUCUUCUAAAAUCGGCUGAUUGUACUGAUGCUGUGUGCCUAGAUUCAGGGUUUGUACAUAUGGGACUGAGUCCUCGGUGGGAGUUAGAGUCAGGGGGCCGUCCCAGGAUGCUCCCUCCUGCCCCAGUUCCUCAGUGGUCUCGGGCUCCCCAUGAGAGGCCAGGGACCCGUCUCUUGGCCUGAAUUAGCAUUACAGCACUGGGUAGAGGGACCAAGUGUGCUACUGAUCAUCUUGACCCUUCGUGAAUGAGUAAAGUUGUGAAUAAAAAUAAAGAACUAACC